AUGUUUGCACCGGCGGCCGCCUCCGCCGCUCAAUACGACAGCGAUUUAUUACUAGACGCUCAAUCUGAUACAUUCGGUAUCAGCCUAGUCAAGAGCCCGCCGUACGCCACGGAGGAGGUCUGGAGAGUCAUGCAAGCCACUAUUACCCGACUAUACCAAAGCGAAGGUAAAUCGUUGAAGGAGGUGAAAGCCAUCAUGGAACGAGACCACUUCUUCUUCGCCACAGAAAGAAUGUUCAAAUCCCGCAUCGUUCGCUGGGGCCUAGACAAGAAGGUCAAAGAGCCGGAGGUCCUGCACAUGCUAGACCUUAAGCGAAGGCGCCAAGAGACUGGAAAGGACUCGCGCUUCAGCAUCGAAGACCAGGACGUCGACUGGGAUCGCGUGGAACAGUACCUCAAGCGCAGACCCGAUCUACAUGACGCUACCAAGCGAAAACACACCCCGAGCAAGAGUACCACCUUGAAGCGCAAAAUCACCUGCAGGACACCGUCGCCGUCCCCAAGCCAAAGCCCAGUGCUACACGCCUCCUCUUCAGCAUCCCCUACCAUCAUCACCCCCCUCCCCUCCCUCCUAACCCCUUCCCCGUCCCUAGACACAGACACCCAAUCCUCCAUCCUCCUCCUCUUCAGCACAUACCACACCUCCGCCUUCCAAACCGGCACCUGGGUGCUCGACGACGCACACCUUUGCGAACACGACUUCAUCCACGUCGUACAGACCCUCACAGACAUAGGAAUAGUCCCAGGCCUGCUUCAACGGAACCAGAUCCCCACGGGUCUACGCACCCUCCGCCGCGCUCUCGCUUCCUUCCGGCACGUCCUCCUGAUCCGAGAACCGCGGUUUUACUAUUCCAUGCUCGUGAAUAUCCUCACAUUACAGGGGAAUGUGCAGGUGUUGGAGUAUUCCAUCCGGUAUAUCCACGCCAUCCACUGCGAGAUCCUAGGCGAGAGGCACCCUUUGAGCGUGGUGUGGUCGAAACUCAGGGAACUUCCUCAGGAGAUUCGUCUUGAGACGUUGAGGAGUGUGUUUGCUGUUAUAUGUCUGCAAUUUGAGACCGAGGCUGUGUUCAAUAGUGAACAUGCCCUUGACGUUCUUAUCAUGCGCUGUUCCCUGCUCAGACUCCUCGGUAACGUGGACGGGGAGGAAUUUCGCGCCGUUAUUAGGGGCUACACCGCCGCUGCGACGGAGGCGCUAAGGCAAGACAACUACCAGCUCUCGUGCAGAAUCUUGCUGGGCGUGGCGACUGCCCUGCUUGAUGCUGGUGACAUUGAACAAGCGGAGAGGACGUUGUGCCAGAUUGGGUCCACGAUCAGGAUCCAAUCUGAAGUGACUGCACAUCAUAAGAAUACUACCACCGAUAGAAAGCAGCAACAGGAGGAUGAACAGGAAAUACUCCAGACCCAGCAAGCUGACCGCUGCUAUACGAGUUCACUAUGCUCACACGCAACUCAUCGCAGUCAAGGUGGAGUGGCCAACGAGACGAAGAUCAUAUACGGGUAUUAUAAAGGGGUUUGGGAGCCGUGGAGCAAAUGGUCUCCUGCAGUGGUGAAGAGGGUUCUUGAUACGCAUCGCCGAGCACGAGAAAGAGAUGUAUGGGCCGCCAGGCUGUGGGCUGACGUUUUGCUUUCUGUGAGGUGA